CAUUACUCAAAAUCAAAAACCAAUCCAUUGUAUUUAAUUAAAUUUUCCUUUAUUCACUUAAUCAUACCGAAAUGAUGAUGAAGAGGAGUAGAGACUGCACCGGCAACGGCGACGGCGACGAAGCCUCCGCCGUGGCCAACUUCCUAAUGCUAUUAUCCGCCGCCGCUGCGGCCCACGGCAGCAGCGGCGACAGACUCCUUGCAGGUGAAGAUUCAUCGCGAAUCUUCACAUGCAAGACGUGCGACAGACAGUUCUCGUCGUUCCAGGCGCUAGGCGGGCACCGCGCCAGCCACAAGAAGCCGCGGUUGGGCGACGGAGAGCCGCCGUCGCCGCCGAAGCCGAAAACGCACGAGUGCGGCAUUUGCGGGCAGGAGUUCCCGUUAGGUCAAGCCCUUGGAGGCCAUAUGAGGAAGCACAGAGCGGCCGUGGUUGAUCAGAACCACCACGAGGCGGCGGCGGCAGCGCCGCUGCCAAUUUUUCCGGUGGUGAAGAAACCUAACGGCAGGAUGGUUUUCUCUCUCGAUCUCAAUUUGACUCCGUUAGAGAACCAUUAUUUUUUUGUUGCUUCUUCACAAAUACUAUAAUUAGCUAUUAAUUUAUAUUUAUUGGUCUUUUUUUUUGUAUAUGUUGUUUCAUUUCUUUUUAGAUAGUACACGGAUUUUAUUAAAUUCAUCAAAUAUUGAUUUUUUCAAGUACGGAGUAUGAUAUUAUAUAUGCAUGAUCUACUAAUCAAGCUGUUAUUAUAGUAAUAAUGAUAGUACUAAUUGUUAUACUUAUUUAAUGU